AUGUGCAAGAAGAACAUCGACUCCAUUCAGGGCCGAGUUCUGUUGCAGACGCUACCGUCUAACGCGUACAAGACGCAGGAGACACUUGACCACGCACGUCUCUACGACCGUGAAUUUGCCCGUGCCGGUAUCGGACGUGACAGAUACUGCAUCAAGAUCCCCUCGACCGGACCGGCCCUGAAUGCGGCAAAGAUACUGUCAUCGGAAGGAAUACCGACUCUCGGGACAGCCCUAUUCAGCCUUCCCCAAGCGAUUGCGUGUAGUCAAGCGGGCAUGCUGUACAUCAGCCCGUAUUACAACGGUAGGUCAGCCCUUCGCCUUGCAUUGAACCACGUGCUGACCAAAGAACAAGAGGUACGAGCUCACGAUGAGCCGGACACCUUAUGGCCUAAUGUAGAGGACCCGGCUACCCAGCAUCCUAUGUCAGCACGGAUCGUUCAAAUCAUUGAGACGUACAAGCGACUGUACCGGGAGACAGGACAGGAACAACCCUUCGUGAAAAACGCCAGCUUCAUCUCCGCCAAGGAGGCCAUGGCGGCUGGAGAAAUGGGAUGUCACUCGGCGACCAUCUCGCACAGCGUCCUUGACGAACUGGCCAAGCUCCAUUACGAUGGUACCAAGCAACCUGGUGAAGGUGUACCUAAAUCCGUCCACGUUUACAAGGACGCCGGGCCAAUCUCAGAUCGGCUGAAGAAGCUCGUCAACAUAGACCCCUUGGCAGCGGCUGGGUGGGACGGCAAGCUAGCCAGGACGGACAUCGACUAUCUUGCGAACGGGGGCGCCGGAUUGCAGAAUGCAAUCGAGGCGGAUCCCGUCACUGUGACUCGGUUGGCGGAUGCGCUGAAGCUUUUCAUCGGUGGCGAGAGGAGUAGCCAGGCGAAGAUUGACGAAGUUCUUCAGCAUAUAUGA